AUAGUGAGUGGUUGGUGAGUUUUCUCUACUUAGGGAAGGCUAACACAGUGGUAUCUCACCUAGGUUGCCUGUGCAGGGCUAGGAUGGAAUUUAAACACUCAUGGCUUUGUGUAUUUAAAGUACUAAAAUAACAAGUUGUUUGGCAAUUCCUCUGAAACCUUCAUCUAAGCCCACACUUCCUCAGUGUACAUGACAGGCGACAAGGGUGAACCAGAGAGAACUCACAUAUCAUCUGGGCAGAGGAGGCUCCUGCCAGAACCCAGCUUCCGUUCUGAGAGCACCAUUUGAGGAGGACCAUGACCCAAGCCUAUUGUGAUUCCCACCUUACUCCUAAUAGAGUCACUAACGUGAGCCACUGUUUCUCCGGCAGUCUCAAGUCUCAUUUCUCAAGUGUUCAAAUCAGACACCUCCAACUGAGAGUCCAGAACUUUAGCACAGACAAAACCAGACAUGAUACAAGACUGCCAAUGAAAUCCUGCACUUUUAUCCUACCGGUGCAGAGCUGGGAUUCCAUGUGUGUUAAAGAUGUGUCUACUUCCCACUGCCUCUGCUUCUCAUAUAGGACUGCAUCCAGCUUUGUAAAAGGGUUCUGAGUGACAAUUUGUGUUUGGUACCAUCUUUCCUAGGUGCUCAAGAUGAUCCUAAAGCCAGGCUUCUAGCGUGCCAACACAGGGCCACUUUGGGGUCUCACUGACACCUUCCAUUAAAAACAGCAGCCUGCACCUCCAUGGCAAAAGCUGAACGUUUCAGAGCCGAGAGAAUGCUUCUGCGCCUGGGCUUGCUGGCUCUCGGAGCCGCCUGCGUCUGUGCUGUGCCCAUAGACAGCGCCAUGAGCACAGUGGUGAGAGAGACCCUGACGCUGCUCUCCAUGCACCGGACUCUGCUGACAGGCAACGAGAGCCUGAGGAUUCCUGUUCCUGCACAUAAAAAUCACCAACUUUGUACUGAAGAAAUCUUUCAGGGACUAGACACACUAAAGAAUCAAACUGGACAAGAGAAUGGUGUGGAAAAACUAUUCCAAAACUUGUCUUUAAUUAAAAAAUAUAUUGACCUCCAAAAAAAAAAGUGUGGAGAAGAAAGACGGAGAGUAAAGCAAUUCCUAGACUACCUGCAAGAGUUUCUUGGUGUAAUAAACACCGAGUGGACAAUAGAAAGUUGAGACUAAACUGGUUUAGUAUAGCCAAAGAUUUUGGAAGAAGAGAAGAACAUUUUAUUGCAAUGAGAAUGAGAACCAAUGAAGGGUGGGGCUUUGAUUCGCAGUGUAUCUGAACUUCAGAGGCAAAGUAAAUAUUUCAGGCACACUGCCACUCUACCACCUCACACAGCAGAAAGCAGAAAAUAUUUGAGAUAUAUUUUAGAUAUCAGAAUCAUUGAAGUAUUUUCUUCCAGUUUACUCAUGGCAAAAUUGAUGUAUAAUUUUAUCUUGUUUAACUUAACAUUCUGUAAAAUGUCUGUUAAUAUUAUUUAUGCAAUGAUUAAGAAUGUGGUAAAUUAAUAUUUAUUUCAUGUUAUAUCAUGUUUCAAUAAAACAAACAAUAGACUAUUGUUCAAUUUGCUGCUGGCCUCUGUCUUAGCACCUGAAGCUAGCACAGUGCACGUGAGCACAUGCUAAGGUCUGGAGGGGUGUCUGAGCUCGUGCUGGUUGAGUGUCCGCUUCUCCCUGGAGAAGCCUCGGGGUUGCAAGGCAUACCCAGGGUGGAAGUGAUCGUGCAGGACUGAAUGGCAUGUGGGGAGCAGGGACAUGGGCAGGAGCUGAACCUGGUUUCCUCUCCAUAGUAUACCCAGAGCCUAGGAUGGUGCAGGAUAAAUGGUAGAAAAUGAAUGAAUGGGCAAGGAGUGGUGGCUCAUGCCUGUAAUCCUAGCUCUCUGGGAGGCCGAGGCA